UGGUAUAAACAGCCAUGUUAAGCAACAACAGUACCGAUUGAGAUUUCAUCCCUUCCCUCCCUCGUUAGGUGGAAUACUGAAAUCAUCUGAACUGCUACUCUCUCUCUCUCUCGCAGACACAUAACAAUAGUUGAUGAUGAUGCAUAAACUAAUAGAGGUGAUGUUACAGAGUGGAGUGAGAUCACUGUAACGCAGGACAAGGUCGACCUUCUACAAACGAGAAUACAAAUUGAAAGGAAGAGAUGUGUUCCAGUCACUGGAGAAACAGUCGAGGAGGAGGAGGACAAGGCUAUCUGCAGUAACAAGGAGCAAAACAACACCUUACACCAGGAAAGCCUGCACACCAUCCAAAGCUUCUCAUCACAAAAUCCAACCCAACACCAACACUUGCAUUGCGAAAUUACAUACUACACCUUCAAGCAAACCCAGCAAUAAAACCACCUCUUCCUCCUCCCACCCCUCAAAAAUACCCCAUCCACACUAAGGCUUCUCUCCACUCUCGGUUGGUUGGCUUUAUUUCUUCUGUGUUUGGCCGUCGCCGUCAUGGCGACGGGGUGGGUUAAGUCGCUGCACUGCAAGUCCAACGCCGUGGACGACGUCGUCUACCCCCGGACGCCGUCUUCGUCUUCUGCUAAGAAGCCGCUGCUUUCCUCCGUCUACUGCGGUCACACCUCCCACGCCGUUAAGGACGUCUUCCCUUUUCCUAAAUGCCCCUCCUCCUCCUCCUCCUCCUCGCUCCCUAAGAAGCGCCGGCCUAAGACGGGGCGCAAGCCCAAACCGGGGCUUGCUCACCCAGCCGCCUCGCCCGCGGCGGGGCUCGUCGGGCCCGCCCGCUCAGACCCCUUCCCGACACUGGCGGAGCUGCCCGCCGGCCACUCCUCGCGACGGGUGGUGGAGAUCAUCUUCAGCUCGAGCUGGUCCUCCUCCUCGUCCGGUGCCGCCGCCGCGUUCCCGGGCGAGAUCGAGAUGCUGUUCCGGGUCCACAACCCGGUGCGGACGGUGGCCCGUUUCGAGGAGCACCGGGCGGCCGUCCGCGCGGGGGCCUCCCGGUCCGACGACGCCCGGUGCGCCGCCGACGGCAAUGAGAUGAUGCGGUUCCACUGCGGGGUCGGCGGGGGAGUCGUGUACGACGCCGGGGUGGCGUGCAGCGUGAUGCGGUCAGCGGGGAAGAAGGUGGUGGGCGUCCGGACCUUCGCGGGAAGCGGCGGCGCGCACGCUAGCGGGGGCGGCGGGGCGGGGCGGAGGGCGAUGCUGGUGUGCCGAGUCAUCGCGGGCCGGGUCAGGGCCGAGUCAGACACCGAGUCACAGGUCGAGUCGGUGAGCCUAGGGGACGGGGAGCUCGUGGUAUUCGAUCCCACGGCGGUGCUCCCUUGUUUCCUCAUCAUCUACAAGCUCUAAGCUCACAGCAACCAUUCCUCUUUCUUUCUCCUCAAAAAGUCUCUUCUUUUCUUGUGGCGAUUCUCCAACUCGGGUUACCGAGUCGGCGGUCCCAACUGACCAAAGCGUGUUUGGUGGUGUAAAAGCUUCUCCUUUCCCGUUCCAAUGGGUAUAGAAUUAACCUUUCUUCCUCUUACCUUCUGUUGUCUUCUACAUUUGUCUGCUUGUUCUGGGUUUCCUUGUCCUUGUUGUAUGAAACGUGUCGCCUUUUUGUUGGAUUCA